AAAGACAUCAACUACAUUUAAGUAUUAAGAUCAGUUAUUAUUGAGUAGAUAUGAAGACACUAUGAUAGUUUAAUCAUAGCAUUAUAACUAGUUAUUAAAUUAUGCUUUUAAUUUUAAGACUUUGCUUCGCUUUGCUGCUGGUUGCUCGGUCCCGGGCAAGGAUAAGACACUAUUUCAUCGCUGCAGUGGAAGUGGACUGGGAUUAUGCUCCGUCAGGACGAAACCUUGUUGGACCUGAUACUUUCACAUCCCGACGGCUUAUUGAGAACCGUGAUGACCAAAUAGGCAGUGUCUACCGCAAGGUGCUGUACCGCGAGUUCACGGACGCGACAUUCACUGAGCAAAUACCUGUACCGGACUGGAUGGGAUUUGUCGGACCUACUGUAAAGGCGGAAGUAGGCGAUUCGGUCAUCAUCUCGUUUAGAAACAUGGCUUCAAAGGGAAAUUUCUCAGUUCAUCCACACGGAUAUUUCUACGACAAACGGAGCGAAGGUGCCCGUUACUUAGAUGGAACGUCAGGCGCAGAUAAGUUGGACGAUGGUAUUCCACCUGGCGGAUCCUAUGUCUAUACCUGGCACGUCCCUGAGAGGCACGCCCCUACGGAAGACGACGACGCAUGUGUACCGUGGGGAUAUCAUGGGCACACAGCUUCACCGUACGACAUUGCUACUGGACUGGUCGGGUUCGCUCUCAUCUGCAAGAGAGGGACGCUUGAUCUCAAUGGCAAACGCAGAGACGUCGACAAGGAGUUCGUUGUAUACGCCGAUAUUGCCGACGAAAGCAAGAGCUUUUUCUUUGAAGAAAGCAUUCAGAAGUGCGGAGAGCCAGCUGCUUGCAAAGCCAGGGCUGAUGCUGGUGAUGAAGAUUUCGGACUAUCAAACGAAAUGCACCACAUCAAUGGCUAUGUCUACGGCAAUCAGCCCCCUUUCAAAAUGAGUCCAGGAGAUCGAGCGGUUUUCUACGUCAUGUCAUUGAAUCUGGCCAGCCACAUCAUGCGAAUACUUGGACAUACCAUGAUUAUAAAGCAAAGGCGCACAGAGAACGCAUUGGUCAACUCGGCGAGUUUCCUUAGCGCGAACACGGUAGCCGCUCAUCCUGGCCAUUGGCUUCUUUACUGCCGAAACCUUGACCACGUCAUUGAGGGUAUGCUUGCUUUCGUAGACGUAGAAAACAAACCAGUACUUUCAAACAUCGCUGGUUUAGGUCGAAGGUUAGGGAAGACGCGAACAUAUUACCUUGCCAUUGAAGAGAUCAUAUGGGAUUACGCACCAGGACUCACUCCCGACAGGUAUAUUGGUAUAUUAGGACGAUCAUUUUUAUGCACUGACCUUAUCUUUAAAUUUCGUUUCACAGGCCAGACGAAUUUAUCAGCAGCCCUCUACCGAUAUAGGGCAAGAUCCGAACGGUUGCUAGGUAUCAUAGAUUCAAAAAUGAUCAAUUAUGAACAAAUUUGUUAUUGAAAGUCUUCAAGUCAACAGUUUAUUGAGUAAUUAAAGGCCACUGGCCCAAAAUACAUAACAUACAAUAAAGGCAUGAGAUAGGUCAGGGUAAUUAAUCGAUACAAGCAAAGUGUAAAUACAAAUCAUGAUUACUUCCCCUUAAUCUAAACUACAUAAUAAGCUAGUUUUCGUAAAUGUUCAGAUUAAGUAUGUUUAAUAACCUAUAAAAAAUCUUCUAAUUCAGUACCAUUAAAAUACC